UUGUUUUGCCAAUAUGGCGCCUCUUGUGUUUUGAGAUGACAACAUCGCAGUUUGUGCCCUAAUUGUCAUUAAAAUGUGUAAUUAUCGAUAUUAAUUAACUACCUCAUACGUUCAAAGAGAAUCGGUUAUACUAAUGAAAUUCUAAAAUAUAUUAGUCAAGUGUUUUUACUGCGAAUACUUUUACAAGUGCGUCUGUGGGAAAAGUACUAAGCUCCCGUAAAAAUGGCGGGUGUGUUAUCGUUCUGGGUUGUGUUUUCAUUCCAAUCGGAGAAACUCUAGAAAUUGUUCUCAAGGUGUCCUGAAGUGCAAAGCAAGGUUGUGUUCAACGUGCAGUACGUUUUCGACGUCGGCAUGUGUUAUUUGAUAAUUUGACAUUAGAAGACGUGAUUGAUCUGGUAAAGACGGUGCAGGUGUCAUCAGUUUUGAUGAAAUUAUUACCAUGUCGCGUUGGGGCAGAGGCCGAGCUGGCAGUGUGGCCGUGCCACUGGACAGUGCCCUAUUUAGAGAAAACAGUAAUUGCCCUUCCGCAGCCCGUUCGGCAGGUACCGUGGGCAAGUGGGGAAUCACAAGUUUUACUUCGAUCAGGAGUGCGCCAUACGCUUUUGCCAAUAAUGUUGUUAAAAAACCAGUCCAAGAUCAGAACAGUCCGCUGACAGUGCCUGCAGUUGAAACUGAACAGGCACCACCUAAGCCUAAAAAAUUCUUUAAGUCCCGUAAUUCUGAGCCAUUUCCACCAGUACCACAGAUAACAUAUGCUCCACCAGUACCAGCAGCUCCUCUUUCACCAGAACAUCCAUCAAAUAGCAGAGACAAAAAAUCAACAAAAAGAAGUAGAGCUUACACUCGAGAUUCAUCUUCUCCAGAGCUGCCUAGACGUAGUACUGAAAAAUCUAAAUCUAAAAAGACUUUGGCCACAAAGGCCUCUAGAAAAGAAGAGGUACCUGCACCAAAUACUCAACCACCUAAUAAGCGAUAUUUGGUUCGCAACCGGGAUAAGGUUAUCAAUUAUGCUGAAGAUGGCAGCAACAGCCCAAUUCCAGAUUUCAGUCAUUUUGAGCCACCUGUGAAAAUUACAUCUCCUAAGGUUGCUUCACCUAAAGUUUCAUCACCAAAAGCUAGCCCAGUAAUAUCAAGCCCCACUCCUGGACCAAUUAAAAGUGGUGUAGUGAGUCCUUCAACCAGCAAAGAUACAAGUGAAGAAAGAAAACCACCACCAAUUGUCCUGAGGAUAUCUAAAGGCACAUCUAGAAUUGUUAGUACAGAUUCUAAUGAAGGAUUUACUUCACCAAGUUCUGAUAGGCAUUCCUCCCUUGAUACACAUUCUGAUAUUGGAUCGGACAACAAGAAAAGUCCUUCAGUAGAAACAAUUUGUUCUCCAAAACAUGAAGGUCUCAAAAUCACAAUAAAAUGUGCUGGUCUAAAUCAAGAAAUAAAAAAGGAUAAGAAAAGUAAAAAAGAACAUAAAUCUCAUAAGCGCCAUUAUAAAGCUAUUGAAGAUGAGCCUUUAAAGAAGGCAGCUUCACCUACACCAGGAUCUGAUGCAUAUGAUCUCUAUAAGACUUUGGCGUCACCGGCUCAUGAUAAUGGGAAAGAAUCUAUAGUAGAGGAUGACAUUGAAAGUCAAUUGGCUAAAUUGGAUUCUGCUGGUCCAGUAUCCAAGUCUCCAAGGCUAGAAGUGCAGCCUAAGGAACUCCCACCAGAGCCAAAGCCACCUGAAAGAUCUACAGGAAGAUCACGGAGAAAUAGGCCCAAUAUAAAUUACAGUGAAAAUGAUGAUUAUUUAGAUGCCAUAACAUCUAAUUAUUCUAAACAAGGAACAAAAACAGUGAGUGAUAUCAAAAGAGAAGGUAGGAAAGUGAAGAAAAAACAAGAUUCUGUUGAGACCACUACUUUAGCAUCACAAGAGGAGAUUGUAGGAAAUGUUGAGGAAUCUGAUGGUAACAAAAAUAAUGACUUAAUUGAUAUAUUAUCUGGUGGCAAUGAUGGAAAAGCAAGUGAUUCUACAAAAGUUAAAAGCAAGAAAAGAAAUAAACAGAGCAAACCUUCAAGUCCUGAAUAUAAUUCUGAUGUUCAGGACAAUAUUCAUCAAGAAAAGAAAGACACAGCUGAACCUGAAUUACCUCAAGAGGAGCAUGAUACAGGUGAAUCUACUCCAACACUUAGUGUAGAUGAGAAUCAAAUUUAUUCACAGCCUACUCAAUCAUCUGAUUCUGCGUACAAUAGCUGUCCUAACGAGACUUCAGAAGAAGACAGUCAAAAGAUGCAAAAUGAUGAAAUUUUCAAAUCUCCUCAUGGUGUGUCAGAGCCAGAGGAGCAAAUAGAUGACAAACCCAGUGUAAAACUGGUGAUUACAAAGAAGAAAGGUUCUAUCUUCAAGAGUAAAUCUCUGGUCAAUGAUAAUCCCUCUCCACUGCCAGCAAGGAAAAGACGACAUCUCUAUAGACAUGAAUGGGAUAAAGGAAAUGAGACUCCGAGACCUGAGACGACAGAAACCCCUGAACUGAAAAAUCCUGUUGCUCCGGUGUCUGAAGAACUCACUAGAGUCACGCGGUAUAGAGCUCCGGAUCCUAUUGUCGAUCCUAUUGAUGACACUGAAACGGUUAAGCCUUACACUAGUGUCAGAUGCGCAAAGGAAGCUAAAGAGUAUUAUACUGUGGUGAGAAAUGUCAAGAAGGCCCAUCAGAUACAGGAAAUUGGAGAGUUCCAGGAAUUGAAUGAUGAUGUUGAAUAUAUUUUGGAUGCAUUACAGGACAACAACCCGAUGUCGACGCGGUGCCUGUCGGCGAUCACGCUGGCCAGCAAAUGCACUGCGCCGGCGUUCCGCAUGCACCUGCGCGCGCACGGCAUCGUGCAGAAGUUCUUCAGGGCGUUGCACGACGCUACCAACGAUCAGAGUUUGGGUCUCUGCACUGCCACAGUGAUGUUUGUAUUGUCUCAAGAUCGGCUCAAUAUGGAUGUCGACAGGGAUUCGCUGGAACUCAUGCUGAAUCUACUUGAAUCUGAUGUGUCACAUAAAAAUGCGUUGGAUGACUGCGGGCUCACUUCAGUCCAACUGGCGAAAACUCAAGAACGUGUCAGAGAACUUUGUGCAGAAAUCAAGAGCCAAGGGAAAGCUCAGCAUUUAGAUUUGGACAAUAUUACUGUCGGGCAUUUAGCUAUGGAAACUCUCCUUUCACUAACGUCGAAGCGCGCCGGCGAGUGGUUCAAAGAGGAGUUACGCGUGUUGGGAGGCGUGGAUCACAUCGUGCGCACUAUACAAGAAUGCGCGCGCAGGCUCGAGGCGCCCGCGUCCACCUGGACCAGCAGCGAUGUAGACGUGCUGCGGAAGGCCGACCGCUGCAUGCGGGUGCUCGAGAAUGUGACUCAACAAAACGAAGACAACCAAGAGUACCUGAUCAGCAGUUCGGUGAACGGUGCCGGCAUCCUGGCGUCGCUGCUGCGGCGGCUGGUGCUGGAGGCGGGCGCGUCGCCGCGACUGCGCGCGUCGCUGCUGGACGCCGCGCUGCCCGCCGUCACGGUGCUCGUCAACCUGACUCACGCCGCUAGCAGCACUGUGUCUCAAGGUGCUAUAGUAGUCGGCGCGCAGCCCCACGUCAUGGAGACCUGCCUCAUCGUGUUGAACAACCAAGGGAACUUCAUACCCGAUGACAGAAACUUCGAGUUCAGUGUUUGUGUGCUGCACCUAUUAAUAAAUCUGACUCAGAACAACGAAGCGAACACAGAACAGCUGCUGAACCUUCGCAUCCGCGUCGACAACGAAGACGAUAUCAUCUCCUCUCGCGUGUCCGCACUGGAUCUCAUUGUGGACCUGUUUUACAAACGCGAAGAGUUGGCUAGGCGGGCGGAGGAGAAUGCAGAUGCGCUGUUAGACGGAGAAAAAGACAAGCAUAAGGGGGAUAAGAAAAAGCAAUCUCAGGACGACAUUGAAGAAACUGUUCAGAAACUGCUGGCGCGCGCAGGCACGCACAUGGAGCACACGAUGGUGGGCGCGUACACGGCGCUGCUGGUGGGCGCGGCGUGCGGCGCGGGCGUGCGCGUCGCCGCGCUCGUGCGCGCGCGCGUGCCGCGCUUCGCGCCCAUGCUGCCCACGCUCUGGAAGUACUACAAGUUCCUCGCGCUCACCGCCAGCGGCGAAGCGACGAUAAUGCAGCAUGUGAAAUCGACGAAGAAGAUCAUAGACUUCAUGGAGGAGAGCGACGCAGAGCCGCAGCCGCAGCCGCAGCAGCAACAACAGCCGUACAGCUCGCCGUCCGACGUGCCGCAGGACAUGUCUCUGAGCGGCCUCAGCUACAGCGCCGCCUCCAUGGAGGUCGACGGCUACCACUGAAACACCGGGCUUCAGGUCCUUCCGUCUGGCGAGAUAUCGAUUCUGCCGUCGUGUGAAAAUAAACAGUCUGGCACACGAAAAUUAGUUAUGUGGUCAAAGUCCAUCACGAAAAUCUUAGAUGGAUUUACGCCCAGUUCGCUCCAGCGCUUGAGCUGGACUAUUUUGGAAAAAAUUGGGAAAAUACUGGGCUGUGUAUGUGUGUACUCGUUUCAUAUCAUAUCUAUACACGACUUGUGUAGAUGAGUGUAAGUAAAAUAUUUUCGAAAAUGUGUCAGAUGCGUCUGUUUUUCAUGUAACGGUAACAGUGUCAGCUUGAAUUGACAUGUAUUCGGGGUAAUUUAUUACGCACUUCUCAUUUCUUUUUUUAACGCGACUUUAGUCGUUAUAAAAUUAUUUGGACGGUAAAAUUCGCACUCUAGAGUUUUGUCAUCGAAUUAAGAGUUUUAAGAUUUGUUCAAAUGUCAUUAUAAAAAAAACUAAAUAAAGGCAACAAUUUCGUUUAAAGACGUUUUAUAUUGUUUUUUUUUUUAUAAUGACAUUUGAACAAAUCUUAAAACUUUUAAUUAGAUGAUAAAACUUUUUGACAAUACUAUGUUAAUAAAGACAAAACUGUAUAACCAAAAGUAUAUAACUUCACUUCACGUGUUCUUUUCGUUUUUAUUAGGAUUCAUAUUAAAUUAUAUAUAUAAUAGUCUAACAGAUUGUAAUACUUAUCUCCGAAUACUAUCGACAUCUCUCUCAAAUGGUCGGAUUAUAAAUGCGCGCGACCUUUAUGUAAGUGUAUUUAUUAAAUUAUGUUGCGAUAUUACCGAGAAGUUGGCUUAUGAUCAUAUCAAAAUAUGUGAAGUAAUGAAACUUGUGGUGUGUUGUCGAGUGAUUUAGGCAAUGUUAGUGACCUCACACAGGCCUUUUUAGAAAAAUUAAGUGUUAAUUUAUAUGUCUUGAUAUAAAUUUGGCUGCUAUUGUCGUUCCACGUCGCAGAAAGCAAUGAGUUGACUCUUUGUGAUAAGAUUUGUAAAUAUGAAAUCAAUUGUUCGAAUCCUUGUACAUUGUCAAUCCUGUUUAGUAAUAAUUUACAUGCCAUUUGUUAUAAUUGUCACAUCCACAUAACGAAUUCGUAUUCACCUGGUGAAGAUACUUUUACACAGCUUUAUUACCCCACCCCCUCUUUUUGUAUCAAUAACUCUUCCUUUCCAAAAAUAUUUUGUAAAUAUAACACAGACUGUUAAGGCAUAGUUAGUUGUGUUGAUCAUGGACAUGGGUUAUGAAUUCUUAAUUAAAUUGAGAUAUUCCGAGUUUAAGCCACUGAACUGGCAAUAUAAAAGUGCAAAAAUAGUUGUGUAAGUGUAUAAUAGAUAUGUAUUCUUUUAUGUCAAUAUUGUGUCUGCACUUUUUGUAUUAUACGACUCCGAGAGGGUUAAAAUUACUAAGAGUAUUGUUCUAAUGAGGCACAAUCUUUUAUUGUAAAUAAAAUUAGCUAGUAAACAAUAGUUUUGGUCGCCGUUGAGAGUUAAUUAGAGUGGGGUUUCUUUUAUUGGAUCGUAUGAGAUUGUACGCGCGUGUCCGGAAUCGCCUGUAUUCAUAAUGAAUGUCUAUCUUGGCGUCAGUUCGUUCCCGAAGACAAGGAAUACGCGCAGAUAAAUGUACAAAUUACUAACGACGUUAGUUGCUCGAAAACGAGAGAAUGAUAUAUGCUUAGUUAUAUAAUAUAGGACAAUCUAUGAUGUUGGAAUUUUAACCAAUAGAUAUAGGGCUAGACGGCAAAUGAUGGUUAGUUGUUUCAUUGUCACGUGUCUUAUUUUUCAUAGAUUUCUGUUCUUUACCCGACUGAUUGUCCGAUAAGAUACGAAUUUUAUUUUUUGAACCUUAAGAUUAUUUUUUUAAAAGGAAUUUAAAUGCUAAGGCACAUAAACUACUUAAUAUUGACAUUGUGCACUUUUAGAAGUUGUUAUUUUUUCUGUGAAUGUAAUUUAUUUUCACUGAUUUGGAAUAAUGAACUUGUUUCUUUUAGGCUCUCCGCUCACAGCACUGUUCUGUGUUUUAAAAUGUUUGCCACUUUUUAUUACAUAAUUCAGUGUUGAAAUGUUUGGGCAAAAACAUGAAAAUUAAUAAUUUUACAUACAAACCAAAGAACAAUAUCGGUAGAAUAUUUUUUUAUUCUGAUUUUUUAAAUUUCAUAAAAGUCGUAAAUUUUUUUAGUCAACAUAUUUUUAUAUAUUGAAAUACUGUUUAUAUCAAUCAGUCUUCUGUAAUUUUCAAUAUCACCUCAUGAUUUUUGACCUGAAUUUCCUUCAUCGAUAUGUAUUGCCAAAAUGCAACUAUGUACAUUGUGUUUAACUAAUUUCGAUACUGAAUUAUGAAUACGCUUAUGGAUUGGUCACAAAAUUAUGUACAAGCUUGGAUUUUUAAUGAAUUUGACUAGCCAAUAAUGAUGACAGAUAUUGCCCUUAUUUCGGACAUUUGUGGCAUUAUUUGUUCCUAUGUCAGCUACGUAUUUUCUAUUGUACUCGUGUAUUGAACGAAAGCAAUAUCGAUAUUAACAAUAUUGCAUUAUAUAAAUCAUCCAAUUUCUAGAUCAUUUGCUCUAACAGAAUCUUACAUUUUAUUCACUUUGUACUUAUCGAGAUAUCUUGUGGGCAUGUUUCCAAUACACGGAUAGAUUCGUCGCGAUUUCAACUAUUAGUGAAAACUUAUAGCUUGUUUAGAUUGAAAUGACGUUCGUCACAAUCACAAAUUGUAAGCAAUUUUUAUUUUAGUAUGGCGCCUAUCAUUUCAACUUAUACGAGCUAUAUUGUGUUUUUGAUAUUUUUAUACAGUGCUAAUACAAUAGAAAAUAACCUAUGACCUAUGUGACACGUUAUAACGCCGACAAUGAAGCUGGCGUUUCGAUGGUCACGUGUUUUUAACGUCAUUUCCGACAGCUUUAGUUAUUUUUUUAAGAUUCGGGUUUUAUUGAUAAACGCAGUUGUGAAUGAUAGUGAUUGCUCUUUUUUUGAGGUUUAUUUUUAUCUUACUGAUAGACCUUUCCUUGGUGUUCGUUGUAUAGAUCAUUCUUAUUGCCUAAAUUAUAUUACGUAAUUUAUUGACCCUAUGUAUGACUACGCGUAGCUCUAAAAUGCAUUUUGUUGUUGAAUUGCGUCAUUUUAUCACACCUGUGUUUUUGAAAAUAAUGUUGUUUUAGACUCGCGGAAGUUUGAUAUCUUGAGAAAUUAUAUUAUUGUAUAUGUACCGUGUAAUUAUGUUAUAAAGUAUUACGUGUAAUUAUUAAAAGAAGACGAUUUAAAUA